UAUUCUAUGUACACUCUCACAAAGAAACUUUCACUAUAUUAUACUUCUCAUUCACUAACUUUUCUCAUUCUUCAAUCAUCUUCUUUAUCAUCAUCAUCAUUGAAUAUCACUAUCUCAUUCAAGAUUUCUAUUUCUUCUUCUAUUUAACUCUUUUCAUCUGUUCAUCUAUCACAUUGUACAUGUUUCUGAUGAUGAUCUCUCAUUCUUAUAAUAAGCAUUCUUAUAGUGCUCAUACUGAGCAGUUUGUUAGCAAAUCUUUAUAUGUUGACAGAUCUGUGUCUGCUGAUAAUAGUGAACUCAAUGUUGAAUUAUUGAUCAAGAACUUGAAGAAUAUGAUAAUAAAGAAAUUGUCUAUGUUAUAUAUGACUGAGUCUUCUGCAUCUCUCUCUGCUCUCUCUGUUUCUUUCUCUGUCACUUUCUCUCAAUCUUCUACAUCUAUUCCUGUGUCUGGUUCUUCUGCUUCUGCUAUCUCUGUUCUCAUGACUCUCACUUCUGCUACUUCUGAUUUUGCUGUCUCUGCUUUCAUUAUCAGCUCUCUCUGUUUUAAGAAGAUAUUAUAUAGACUUAAUGAAUCAUGUUUCUCAGCAUAUACACUCUCACUCUUCUUGUCAACUCUCAGAACAAUUUAUU